GAAUAUGUGCGUUUGAUCCUACCACUGGAAACCUGGAUCAUAUAUAAGCAUCGCGAGCCAAGAAAUCUCUACAAUUGCAUCUAAUCGCAGCUUAUUACGUUCAGAAACCAUGAAACUGUCAGUGCUUUGCUUGGUCCUCGUUGUGGCGGUUGCUUUCGUAGCCGCACGCCCUGAAGAAGGAACAUACACGACCAAAUUCGACAAUGUCGACGUUGACCAAAUUCUUCACAGCGACCGAUUGUUGAACAAUUACUUCAAAUGCUUGAUGGACGAAGGCAGGUGCACGUCUGAUGGCGCUGAACUCAAGAAGAUCUUACCUGACGCCCUGGAGACCGAGUGCAAGAAGUGUACCGAGAAACAGAGGGAAGUAACGAAGAAAGUGAUCAAGCAUUUGGUGAACAACAAACCCGAGAUGUGGCAGAAACUAGUCGACAAAUACGACCCCGAAAAGAAAUACCGAGUCAAAUUCGAGAAGGAAGCGAAGGAAAUCGGCGUCCCCGUCUAACCACCUUUGAAAAUGAAGGAAAAGUGUUUUUUGUUUAUGUUUAAUCUAGAAGACAGUUAAAGUUUUUAUAAAUAAUUUCAUCGCUCUUUACGAAUAUGAUUGCUCUCUCGAACACGUAAUCGAUCGGUGAUUCGUGUAUAAAAGCUACGUUAGAACCGAAACGUGUAACGAAAAAAAAUUAAAAACUCAACAAGUUUUUUUGUCUGUUUGUCCUUUUGAAAAUAAAGUUUCGUCAAGUUCA